AUGAAGAAAGGCAAGGGGCAGAAGUCGAAGGCCAGGCGCCGAGGCUCCGCCUCCCAGCACGCCAGCUCCGAAGGCACCGGAUCCAGCCCGCAGCCGCCCAGCCCCCCGCCCACCCGGCCGCCGCCCAGCACCCCGACCACGCCGCCGCCCAGCUCUGGAGUCACCUCACAGCCCAGCAGUGAAUCCGUCCCCCGGCAGCCCGUGCCCCAGGCUCUCCCAGCUCCCGAAGUCAGCCGCUGGGCUCGGGGCGUCGUGUCUCCGGACACUGGCACAAAAGCAUCCCCUCGAUCCAGCAAAACAGGGUCUGUGACGCAAGUGGGCCCGCGCGCCUGCUGUUCCUGUUCCGCUUGUCCCGGCAGCUCUGCUUGCUGGCAUCGUCUGGGCCUGUGCCACAGCCGCAUCUUCGAUGUCCUUCUGCCUCGGGCCUGGCCGACCAUGCCGGGGAGAGGAUUCCCAAACCUCCUCACCUUCUACAGAAGACCUGCAAGUAAACAUUCCACUCAUCGUAACUUGCGUGCUCCGAGCCCUUGGGACUGUUGCUGUGGCUCUGGGAGCCCUAGGAGCUGCCUACUACAUCACUGAAUCCUUGUGAACAAGUCUCCAGGCCUGCGGCCCAGCAGCCCUCUGCUAUCCAGCUGCCUGGAACACAGAGGUAAUGACUGGAGCUUUAGCUGCGCGUUUGAAUCAUGAAGAAGAGAUGGCGGAAUAGUGAUCUGGAAUGCAACCUGAGUCUUCAAAGACCUAGUAAAACAGAGCUACUACAUCAGCCAUAAACUGUCCACCUCCAAACUUCUACAAGAGAGAAAAAU